UCCAGCAGAAAUCAUGUCCUCUUCUUCUCUUCCUCUCGCUUCUUCUCCCUGCUCUUCUCUUCUCCCUUUCCAUCCCAGAGCUAAAUCAGCUUGACAGGUUGACGAUCAUCACGUUCAAGCCAGACAGGUAUCUGGCAGAGGAUCGUCGAGUCAGUCUCUCUUCCCAAUAGGGGCUGUCUGUCGCGUGUCAAGAUUGCCCAGGAUGAUGAACAUGGACAGUGGCAGCAGCAUGGACAUGGCCAUGUCUGAAAAGACUGUCGGUCUGCCAUGGCUCGAUCAGCCGGUGAUGCUUCACUCGUCCAGAGCUGAUAGUUGCAGCAAAUUUACUUCGGAGCAAUGCGCCUACCGCAACUACCACUGGAGAUAUUGGUAUGAAUCGGAUCAUGUGUAUGCCCUCAAUACCAUCUACUUCCUCUGCGCGACUGUCGGAGUGUUUGCCAUUGCGCAUUUUCUCUCCAAAUAUGCCCCGGUUAGUCUCAAGAAAAGCGGUGCCUGGAGAAAGGCGACGGCUACGAUGCGGUAUCUGGCCUACAAGGGAUUCCGUAUGCCUGCGCUGCGGUACUGGUCCCCUUCGCUGGGUGUGAUUCUGUUGGGGGUCGUUGGAACGGUUUUCUUUUUCGCCAUGAUACUUGGCCCUAAGCCCUAUUAUUGGCCUACUGACCAGGGCGUCUCUUAUGGAAGCAGUCCACCCAUUGCAACCAGAACAGGAUGGAUGGCUUUGGCUUUGUUGCCAUUUGUGAUGGCCCUAGGAGCCAAAGCCAAUCUGAUUUCAGCAUUGACUGGAGUUCCGCAUGAGAAACUGCAGGUUUUCCACCACUGGACCAGCUAUGCCAUGUUUGUUCUGGCUUUGAUCCACACCUUCCCCUUUAUCAUCUAUCAUAUCAACAAGGGAGACAUGGUCGAGGAGUGGAACACAAGUGUCGUUUACUGGACUGGAGUUGCAGCCAUUAUUCCCCAGGCCUAUUUGACUUUUAUGUCAUUGCCAUCUAUUCGGAACCGCUUUUAUGAAUUCUUCAAAGCAACGCACUUCCUGGCUGCUUUGCUUUUUCUUAUUUUCUUUUUCUUCCAUUGCGACUUCCGUCUCUCUUCCUGGGAUUACUUCGUCGCAACGGGUACCGUCUACCUGCUCUCCCUCUUCGCGGCUCAGAUCCGUACCUACCUUCUCCACGGCGUGCAUUAUGCUUCGAUCGACCUCCUCCCCUGCGGCUUCGUCCGGGUCAAGAUCCCCACCAUCAUUUCGUGGCGUCCGGGUCAGCACAUCUUUGUCCGCUUUUUCACACUAGGCCUGCACUCCUUAACCGCCCAUCCGUUCACGAUUUGCUCACUCUCCUACGACCCCGAUAAGGUCGGCAAGGCAUCUGAAAUUGUAUUCUACAUCAAGCCAAGACGUGGCAUCACAGGACGUCUAGCCAAAAUAGCAGCCAAAAGCCCGGGUGCAUCGAAGAAGGUCGUGUUAGAGGGGCCUUAUGGUGGAAUGACACCUACAGCUCUGGCCGAGUUUGAUAAAAUCCUUGUCAUCUCUGGUGGCUCGGGAGGCGGGUUCUCGCUGGCCAUUAUCGAGGAGGCCCUUAGGCUCCGUCAGUUCCCAGUAGACAAACAGAAUGUCGACAGCGGGGCCCAACGACAGCACAUCCAUGUUAUUUUUGCCACCCGGAACACCGCAGUGGCAGAGUGGUAUAUCGAAGCCAUUGAAGCGAUGAUCUCAACCUACGAUGCAGCCAAGGAGGUAUCAGUGUCGGUUCACAUCACGUCGCAGGCCGAGUCAUCCAACCAAACCACUUCAGACCCAGCCAACGAUGGCAGCAAGGAACUGCCCAAGCCCGACAUUACCAGCGUUAGCGUCCACAACAAAUUCCGGCCCAAUCUGCCCCAGAUCAUUGCGUCAGCGACAAACGGGGAGACGGGCAAGCACGUUGGCGUUUUCGUUUGCGGUCCUUCGUCUAUGCUGCAUGAUACGCGGAAUGCUGCAGCAGAGGCGCAACGCGACGUUCUAAAAGGAAAUGUCGAGGAUGUGUAUCUGCACACCGAAUCGUUUUCGUAAGUAUUUCUCUGGCCUGUUUACGAGACGAAGCUCACCGUCCUAGUUGGUAAUGAAUUUGGCUUGAUCUACGGAGUAAAGGGGGAUACCGCGGGAAUUGUUUCUUUCUUCGGGACUAGAUGUCUCAAAAUACC